AUGAAGGUCUAUGCAUCUAUUGUUUUUCAUCAACAAUACUGUCCUGCUGCACAGUUCCUUAUGAAAGUUGAUGACGAUGUCGUAGUCCACCUUGAUCGAAUGAUCGACUUGUGGAAGAGAGGUGAUGGAGCUGGUCGCUCUAUGUUCUGCCAAAUAUGGACCAAGUCACGACCGAGGAGAGAUCCUCGGAAUAAGUGGUGA